AUGAGCCGCCACCACCGCGAUCUCCUGGCCCCCUCCCCACCGCGGCGCGACCACCGCCCCCUCCCCAAACCCGCGGCCGCCACCAAAGCCAAACGCCUCCGCAGCAAGCGGGAGCGCGACGCCGCCAGGUUCGGCCCCAAGGCGCUCCCGGGGGGCUCCCGGCGGGGCCCCCGCUGGCUGCAGCCUCCCCCGUGGGGGGGUCUCUCUCUGGGGACCCCCCUGGGCGCCCCCAGACCCGUGGUGAUCACCCAGAACCGCCUGUGCCACCGCGGCCUCUUCAAGCACGAGGUCAAAUCCCUGGACGUCCGGCGCCUGCUGACCCCCGGCCCGGCCGGGGACGGACCCCCGGUGCCGGCGCCCCGAAUUGAGGAGGGGGAGGCCGGGGGGGUCCCGGCCCGGGCGCUGAAGGAGCUGGUGGCGGGGUUGGCCUCGCUGCUGGGCGGUUUUGGGGCGUUCGUGGGGAGGGAUUUGGUCAGCGAGCGGCGCCGUGGCCUCGUGGCCGCCCUCAGGAAGCACCGACGGGGACCCCCGGACCUGGGGGUCUUGCUGGCACACCGGACCCCCGCCCAGCCCUCAGGUCACGGGAGCACACGGGGAGAGGCGAGGCCCGGAGCAGCGGGACGGGCGGGCAGUUUGGGGGAGUGGGACCCCCCUGUUGGGACCCCCAGCCCACCUGGUGUUGGCCAUGUGGGACCCCCCUGGGACCCCCGACCAUGGAGCCCCGAGCUGCCCGGGGCUAUCCUGGACGCCCCCAGACCCCCCCGGACUCCCCAGCUCUGGAGCCCACCCAGACCCCUGUGGGACCCCCCGAGACCCCGCUGGCAGCACCCAAAUACCCCUGGACCCCUCUGGGACUCCCCAAAUCCCACCCUGGA